AAGGUGCGAGAUCACACAUUUGAACCCUUUCAACAGCUCAACGGUCCGGCCCAUAACAGCUAUCCCGAGCCACCUCUUCACCCCGAUAAACUAAACAUUAUGCCAAAUCGGCCAACCCAGUCAGAGCUUCUUCAGUGGGCCGUAACACACACCACUGACGAGUCAUCGGCCAUUCCUGAGCGACCGGUUACAAGAGAACCUAUUGAUCCGAAGUGGAUUGAUGUAAUAUUGGGAAAAGACGAUGCGGUGAAGAUGAAGGAAUGUGUGGAGACCAUACGGGGUACUGAAAAGAGCCUUGACGAUAAAUUGGCUGCUUUUGAUGAAUUGGAAAUGCUCGUCGAAUCACUGGACAAUGCGAAUGAUCUGCGACCACUAAGUUUAUGGACUCCCAUAAUUGAUCAACUAUCAAGUCAAGAGCCCAAGAUGCGAAUGUACGCAGCAUGGGUGCUUGGAACCGCAGUGCAGAAUAAUCCCAGAUCGCAAACAGAUUUUCUGGAUUCUGGUGGUCUUGGGCCAAUUUUACGAGUCCUUGCAUCUGAUCCUGAUGAGGAGGUUCGCGCAAAGGCACUGUACUGUGUCUCUGGCGCUAUACGACACAACCGUGCCCUCUUUGAUGCCUUCGUUGAUGGCAAUGGCUUUAGAACACUUGCGUCAGUGGCUGGCGAUGCCAAUCCCGCACUACUAAAGAGGGUAGUCUUCUUAUGGCGGUCGCUGAUCGAACAAGAGGAACCAGAGGUAGCAUCCCGCGCUGUCCAAGCGGCACAGGAAAACGGGGUCCCUGCCAUGGCUUUGGAUCAGACGGCGGGUGAGACAGAAGAUGCAGACUUGGUGGAGAAGUGCUUGGAAUUGCUUUUCACUCUUGUCACCAAGUACCGCAGCACACUACUCAUCGAUCUGUUGGUCCGAAUAAGAGACGAAAUCAUACCUAUUGUUCGAGAGCGGUUUGGGCCUCAAAGCCACUCGGGCAUGGUAUCAUUAGACCUGAUCAAACAGCUGGAAGAAGCAUUAGAGGCCAUUUAACUUGCUGCCUUGUGAUGGGCAUAUGUAUAUUUAAUCCUUUUGUUGAUAAUCUCACUUUUGCGUAUCUGCACAUGACA